UGCCGCCUCUCCGCCUGCUCCGUCGCCUCGCCACGUGCCGGCCGCCUCCUCCCCCUCGUCUCGCCGCUUCUCUUCCUUCGCACCAGGAGAUCCAGAGGGAAGGAUCCCCUUUUCUGCAAAGCCCGCGACUUCCCGGCUCCGGCGGCCGCGCUCAUGUCCUGGAGGGAGUUGGGGCUCGAUCUGGAGGCAUGGAAGAUCCUCGAGCUCCUCAACCACCAGUUCCUCCUCCAGACCCCGAGCGGCUGCUGCGGAAGUUGACGGCGUGGGGAAGACGACCACGGCAUGGGGAAGACGAAGACUUGCUCCAGCCACAUGCCACUGCCCCGUGCUCGUCUUGCCGCUGCCAUUUCCCUCCUCGAGCUGGCGGAUUGAUGAUGGAGGACCCGCCCUCUUCGCUCCACCGACGCCGUCGCUGCCGCUUCUACUUCUGCUUCUGCUGCCCGCUCGCCCACGCGAUUGGAGGAGGACUUGGUGCAGAGGAAUGGAGUACGAGUAUGGAUCCUGCUUCCAUUGAUCUCAGAGGCGGCAGAGGAGGCGGGAGGAAGUCAUGGAGUAGUACCAGCAGAGGCAGAAGAGGUGGCGGGAAGAAGUCGAGGCCAAUCGAUUAGAAGUAGAGGCAGCAACAGAGGUGGGAGGCGGCACUUGUCCUGCGAGCAGGUGGGUGGCGGCGGCCAAAGGAAGCGCACUCAUGGAGGAAGCGCACCAGCGGCUCGGGGCGCGACUCCUGUACAUCGUAUUUUCAACGGGUGGCAUCACCUGUGCCGCUCGGAGGAGAGAUGGAGGCCGGCGCCGGCAUAGGAGAUGGAGGCCGGCGGUGGGGGCUCCGGCGAGGCGGCGGAGGCCGUACACGUUAUGCAGGGGUGGUGCAGGUGAGCGGCGGCGGCGCAGGUGGGUGGAGGUGGUAGUCCUGCGAGCUGGGCCGGCGGUAGCGCGCGAGGCCUGACGGCGGCUCCGCUUGGGGAAGCUUUCGACGGUGCCGACACGGAAGAAGGAAGGUGGAAGCGGGGUGAUUUGCACGAGAAUUAAAUCUCUGAGGUUUUUUUUUGCAAAAACAAAGUUGAACUACGGCCGGACAACUUUUUUUGGACGGAGGGAGUAGGAAUUACACUGUAAUUUCUUGGAUUUGUAUCCAGAACAUUGUACCUGUAAUGAUUUCGAGUAUGAAUAGAGUUACAUGUGUUUCUCAGAAA